UUGCAAUUUUAGACCAAAUCCGAACGAAACCUUCCCGAAGGAUACAAACUAUAGCUGAAGGGUGAAGCCUUCACAAACUGUGACUGAAAGAAGUGCCUCCGAACCUCUGAAUUGAAUUGAGCUUACAUUACAACCUUCAAAGCGAAGAAAUGCUACUGCAAAACCGACUGAUCAGUCUCCAACGGCCGUCAUUCUUCUCGUCCUCUCCAACAUUUUCUAUAAAGCUUCCUAUCAUAUUCUCCUUCCAAAAAUUCUUUUCGCAGUCGCCAGAUCAAGUGCAGCAGAACCCCAACCAUGUCGUCUCUGCCGCAAAGACUUCGAAACCGGCUGUUUUAGACACCGUCAAGUUUAUCAAGAAGGCCUUUUUCGUCCCUCCGGGAGUGGAACCAGAAGAAGUGAGAGAAGACAUGAUUCUUCCUGGUUCGAACAUUGUGUUGGGUCCUUAUGCCGGUCAUGCCCAAAUUAAGGAGGUUCAGUUCGUGAAGAGCAGCGGAAAAGCCAAGGAUUGCCCCAAAGAUGAUCGUCCCGAGUUUGCGAUGCUGGGUCGAUCUAAUGUUGGAAAAUCGUCGCUCAUUAAUGCCCUUGUUCGGAUGAAAGAAGUUGCACUUACCUCAAAGAAACCAGGGAAGACCCAACUUAUAAACCAUUUCUUAGUAAACAGAAGCUGGUAUAUUGUGGAUUUACCUGGUUACGGGUUUGCUAAUGCUCCAGAAUCUGCUCGAAUGGAUUGGUCAUCAUUCACCAAGGGUUAUUUUCUUAACAGAGAUACUUUGGUUUCUGUCUUACUACUGAUUGAUGCUAGUAUUCCUCCUCAGAAGAUUGACCUGGAUUGUGCUAAUUGGCUUGGCCGCAACAAUAUCCCAUUGACUUUUGUCUUCACCAAGUGUGACAAAGUGAAGAAAAGUAAAGGAAAGCGGCCUGAUGAGAACAUUAAGGAUUUUCAAGAACUUAUCAGAAAAAACUAUCAGGAACCUCCUCCAUGGAUCAUGACAAGCAGCGUGACUGGCUUGGGCAGGAACGAACUGCUGCUUCAUAUGUCCCAGCUAAGAAAUUACUGGGAUAAUUAGUGAUAGAUUCAUUUCUGAGAUGUAACAUAUCAUGUAAAUUUAUUCCAUAAGCUGGGGAUUGACGUAGCAGUAUAUAUCUUCACAGUUUUUGAUAUUGCAGAGGCUCAUGUGCAUAAAAGUUUCUAAUUGGCUCAUACUUCGAUGUCUUUAGCA